AUUGAAUGUUAUUGCUUAUUGUGAACAUUUUCGUUGCAUGCUAUGUGUGAUGGUCGUCCCGUCGUACACGACAGAAGUGUAGAGAAAACAGAGGUGAUAAAGUCCAGUCGUGACAACGAUGCAGCCGCUGCUGUUGCUGUGCGUCGUUGCUGUGUCGAGCGGACGAAGUGAGGGACAAGGUAUGGCCCCGCCAUCUUUCGUUAAUCCCGACCCUACUAUUGGCCCAACGCAGGUGUUUUACUCUGGUGAGGGUGCCCAAGUCAACUGCGAAGCGAACGGAAACCCAAGACCCACGGUAAAGUUGAGCCAGAGGAGAACUACACUCACCAUGACCACGUCCAGCCAGGGAGUUUUCCAGAACGUGACUGAGGGCACUUAUCAGUGCGUGGCUGAGAACCAGUAUGGCACAGCUAGAAGUGACAACAUCCAUGUCAGGCAUGUUUGCAUCCCUGGGCGCCAGUCCUUGGAAGCAAGAUGUCACGUGUGCACUGGACACCACACGACCCUGCAGUGCUGGCCGGUCAGGGAAGGGGCGAUGCCCCACUACUCGUGGACGUUCCGGUCAAAAGAAGUCCCUGUCGACGAGCGGCAUUACAUUGACGUGAAAGGAAAACUCCAUAUAGUGAAUGUCAACGACAAUGACACUGGCUUUUACACUUGCGAAACAAAGUAUACUGGAGGUCAGGUCACACCUUUUACAAGCAAUACAACACUGUCGAUUCGCCAAUAUUGCAACAUCGGUUAUUUGCAAACAACUCUUGGAUAUCUUCUUGCUGAGACUGAAAAGUGCCCUGGUUCCCGUCCGCAGACAUCACCUCUGGUUCCUGGGACUGAUCAAUGGCCAAAUCCUGACCACACCACAACGACGAGGCGUCCAUCUACAAAAACCUACAACCAUCUGACUACAUCAAUAGACCCCCGGGCAACCCUGUUUCCUCCGGACUUUUGGACAUCCCCGUGGCCCUAUCAACAACAAUCUUCUUCAGACUUAAAGGCAGCCUUGUGGACCUAUCAGAAACAACCCCUGUACGGAGACCCUCUGACCCUUGAAUGUCUUUGUCAAGGACCGCCAGGCACAGUGUACCCUAAUAUAACAUGGAGUGUUCCCAUGGCGACGAAGUCAAAACUGAACACAACUGCGGACAUGUACCACAGGCGACUGGUCAUUGGUCAAGUUGAUCACAGCGACACAGGAAAUUACACGUGCAUUUGUAGCAAUUCGAGUGGACACACAGUCAAUAGCACAACAGAAGUAACAAUUCAAGACCCCCGGGCAACCCUGUUUCCUCCGGACUUUUGGACAUCCCCGUGGCCCUAUCAACAACAAUCUUCUUCAGACUUAAAGGCAGCCUUGUGGACCUAUCAGAAACAACCCCUGUACGGAGACCCUCUGACCCUUGAAUGUCUUUGUCAAGGACCGCCAGACAAAGCGUACCCUAAUAUAACAUGGAGUGUUCCCAUGGCGACGAAGUCAAAACUGAACACAACUGCGGACAUGUACCACAGGCGACUGGUCAUUGGUCAAGUUGAUCACAGCGACACAGGAAAUUACACGUGCAUUUGUAGCAAUUCGAGUGGACACACAGCCAAUAGCACAAAAGAAGUAACAAUUCAAGCUAAAUAUAUGUGGGUGACUCAACCUGUGCCCCAGGAUGUGGAAAUAGGGGGCAAGGCGACGUUUAUCUGUGCCGCGAAGUGGUCAGACAACCGGAUCUGUGAAGCCAACACAACAUGGUACAUCAACGAUGGACCUAUAUCAGAAAAAUCAUUGGGCUGCCCACUUUGUGCCGUCAUCAACAAUAGCGUCCUAUUCCAAUAUGUCAAUGGUCCAGAAGCCAAUAAGAACAUCCAGUGCCACAUCACCUGUGCAGGACAAAGUCUGUACUACAACAGCUACUUGCAUGUAGACGAAACAGAUUCUGGGGCCCACAUUGAUAGUGGGACAAGCAUGGCGACCAUUGGUGGAUUAGGUGGAGCGGCGGCUUUCAUUUUUAUCUGCGUCUUGGUAAUCUUCAAACGGAGGAAAUGGAUAAAAAUGAAAUGGUACAAACGGAAAAUGGACCAGUCGUUGAAAUUUCGUCUUGAGCUGGCAAAGUACAACCGGUCGUCCCACUACGUCAAGUUUCCCACCCACACUGACGAAUUUCCCAUAGAUCGACUCCGUUUCCUGGACACACUUGGUGCAGGGAAUUUUGGGAAGGUGAUGAAAGCGGAAGCGCUGGAUAUUGCCGGAACCGGAAAGUGGGAGCUGGUCGCUGUGAAGAUGUGCAAAGACACAGCGACGGACGCUGAGAAGGGAAACCUCUACCACGAGACGGUCAUCAUGAGGAAGGUGCCCCGACAUAUCAACGUCGUCACCUACCUCAGCUAUGUGGCAUCAUCAGAGCCAACGUUGCUGAUCAUGGAAUAUGUGCCCGGGGGAAACCUCCUUCAGUUUCUGAGGAACAGGCGCCCCCAGAAGGAGAAGAGCGAUGGGGAAGGAACCAGCGAAGGGUCGGGCGGAGAAGAAGGAGAGCACAGGGAGGAAGAGGGAAGCCAGAAAACCGAGGAGAAGACGCAGGCACACGAUGCUCUGGACCAGAUGAACCUCUUGUCAUCACGUGACUUGUCCUCUUUUGCAUUGCAGAUAGCUAAAGGGAUGGCACACGUAGCAACGCAUAAUAUAAUUCACAGAGAUUUGGCUGCCAGGAAUGUUCUCCUGGGACUAGGGAAUGUCUGCAAGAUCUCCGACUUUGGUCUGUCACGUGACAUGGAGGGGAGUGACGAAUACGAAGUGUCGUCAAUGGGUCCCCUCCCAAUACGCUGGAUGUCCCCCGAGUCUCUGACAGACGGGCUUUACACUCUCAAGUCCGACGUGUGGUCCUACGGGGUCCUUCUCUGGGAGCUUGUCACACUGGGGGCCAGUCCUUACUCCGGACAGAGUGCCCGGCAAGUGAUGACGUCGGUCAAGGAAGGGAGGAGGCUGGAGAAGCCGGACUGCUGCUCGGACCACGUGUACAAGCUGAUGACACAGUGCUGGCGGCCCCACCCCGGGGACAGGUCCACCUUCUCAGACCUGGCGGACACCAUCGAGGGGCACCUGGAGGAGGAGGCCGAGUAUGUUCAGCUCAGCAACUUUGACGUCAACAUCUACGACGUCAUCGACAUGGGCGACAUGGACGUUGCGGAGGAGAAAGUCUAAGCCAGCGGCCUUAGAAAAGAAUGACAUUUUUGUUGCUUUAUUUGUUACUGUGUUCAUAAAUAGAGAACAAUAAACUCAUUCUCGUUAGAGACCAUUUUUACGAAACGAGUUGACUUUCUAUGGUAUCUGACCGAGCGAAAACCAUAGAAAAUACCAUACGAAAUUCACGAGUUUUGUAAAAAUGGUAUUUAUUAAUCGAGAAUGAGUCUGGUAUUUUAUUUAUUACCCACGUUAAAUAAUAGUAAUAAAUAUAUAUUUAAGUGUAAAUACAUAACAACUUUCGUUCGUUGACAGACCAAACUUAAACCGGUUGCAAAAUCUGGUCGCGCAUGAAUAUUGAUAUAUGCCCAAAUAUGAGCAUCGUUGACAUUUCUAUGCAUUCGCAUUAACAAAAUGCUCUUGCUGUUGUGUUUGCAAACAUAACAGCACCGACGCUCAAGAUCUGUUUUGAAGAAUUUCUUCAACUUUUGGUAAUUCAAGCGCAUUGUUGUUAGUACGCAGGACACCUACAAGAAAAUUUUAAAAUUCACAUUAGCGCCGCGCUUUGAAUAUCAGCCGGUCACUCGCUGUGCAAUCAAAGUGGUUCGAUUUCCUUGAUCAAUCAGCUGAAUUUAUAUCCUGUCCGUACCAUUUUGGAAGAGGGAAAUCAGAGUGUUCGCCAAGACAUUCAUGUUAACUGUACCACCCUAUAUAUACUGAAGACGUGAAACUCAAGUAUGCUUGCAUGUCAGUGACAACUUCGAGAGAAUGGCAAGGUCAUCACCGGAAUAAGGAAAGACAACCGUGAUCUUCUCACAGCGCUUUAGCUGGAGAUAGGGAAUGUUAUUGUUCUCAUUUGGGAUGUUUUGGGCCACAUAAUCAGACAU